AUGGCAUCUACCGAAGGAGGAACAACUUCGGUACAAGUUGCACUUCGAAUAAAACCACUUACGGAGGAAGACUUGGAAAAAUUACCUACAAGAUUUCAACGUCAGAUCCUCACCACUCCAUCAAAUGCCCUGAACCAACUUAUUGUUGAAGGUGAUAAAAGGCAAAUCUUCCAUUUCGAUCAUGUGUUUCCUCCCGAAACCACUCAACAAGAAGUCUACGAAAGGGCUGUCGAAAAUUUGGUGGAUAAAUUCUUAGAAGGAUACAAUGUAACGAUUUUAGCAUACGGUCAAACAUCUUCAGGAAAGACGUACACAAUGGGCACAGCUGAUAAUCCAUCAACCCCGCUUCAAUUCAAAGGAAUAAUUCCUCGUGCUAUGUCAACUUUAUUUAAUAUAAUGAACAAUUCAUCAAUAUACCUGAAUCGAAAAUUUUCAAUUAAGGUAUCGUUUAUAGAAAUUUAUAAUGAAGAUUUAAUUGAUUUACUUGGUGAGGGUGAAGGUGAAUGUAGACCUCAGGUCAUGAUCCGUGAAGAUUCAAAGGGAAAUAUUUAUUGGAGUGGUUUACAGGAAGUUCAGGUUAAUAAUGUGAAUGAAGUUAUGGCAUAUUUGGCACAAGGAUCUAUGAAUCGACAAGUCGGUGCCACAGAUAUGAACUCGAAAUCUUCUAGAUCACAUGCUAUUUUCUCCGUCACUAUGUCACAACAAAAGUUGGUUUCUUAUAAUGGACCUAAUGGUUAUUUGUCCCCACCUCCUGGUUCAAGACCAACCACACCAUCAUCAAAGUUGGUAGGUUCAAGAGCAAACUCGAGAUUAGACCAUGCUGAUGAUGGUGAUUGGGUUACUAUAACGAGUAAAUUUCAUUUCGUAGAUUUGGCUGGUAGUGAGAGGUUAAAACGUACGGCGGCAAGUGGUGAUCGAGCAAAGGAGGGAAUAUCAAUCAAUUCAGGUUUACUGGCGUUGGGAAAUGUAAUUUCAGCUUUAGGAGAUCCAACAAAAGCAAAACAUACAACUCACAUUCCUUAUAGAGAUUCUAAGCUUACUCGGUUAUUACAAGAUUCUCUUGGAGGAAACGCACAAACAUUAAUGAUCGCAUGUGUUUCUCCCGCAGAAUAUAAUCUUAACGAAACCGUCAAUACCCUUAAAUAUGCUAAUAGGGCUCGUAAUAUUAAAAAUGUUGCUGCCAUUAAUCAGGAAGAAACCGGUUGGAAUGACAUAGGACACUUACAAAACCUUGUAAUCAAACUUCGUAGUGACGUAACAAAUUUAAAAGUCGCUCUUGCCAAUACAAAUACAAAUAAUGGAAUUUCUAACGGAACGAUAUCGCCUGGUAGAGUUACACCUAUCGGAGGAAGAGAGACGCCCAGUAGUAGAAUCAAAUCACCAACCGCGGGACAUUAUUCUUCAUUACCAACGGGAAUUGGUGGAAGAGUAACCCCAACAAUUUCAGGUAUUCCUGGACGAAGUACACCAACAUCCUCAACGGGUAGAAUCACACCAGGAAUUACAGGAAGGACUACACCAUCAGCUUCAUCGAUCCCUACCGGAAUUCCCGGAAGAAACACUCCUACAAAGUCCAGUGUACCUUCAGGAAUUCCUGGUAGAAAUACGCCAACAUCGGGAAUCUCCUCGGGAAUUCCAGGGAGAAAAACACCUACCGGAAUCCCCGGAAGAAAUACACCGACAUCUCCUUCGGGUAUACCUGGGCGAAACACUCCAACGCGUCGUCCAUCGUCACCACUUACCACCUUUUCACAUGGAAAUCACCCAGCGCAAAAUCACAGAGAUGUGGAGAUAUUGGAAGAACAAUUGUUUCAACUUAAACAAUCAUACGCCGAACUUUCAAAAAGACAUGCAAAAACUUCAGCCGAACUUGCGAUGCAUCAAGACAACUACGAUGAAUUAAAUAAUCUUAAAGCAGGAAAUGUAAAGAAUUUCAUGAAAGGCGCUGAACCCGUAAUUGAAGAGUAUGAAAAAUCCAUAUCAUCGCUUGAAAGUAAAUUGGCCAUAACAGCUGCGGCACUAUCACAUUCCGAAGCUAAUUUGAAGGCUAAAGAUGAAAAGCUCAUCACCCUAACAAAAAAUCAAGAACAAACAAAGAGUCUUAAUUCCAGCUUGCAAAAAUACAUUAAAGAGCUCGAAUCAAAAUUAGAAAAUCAUAAUAUUGAGACGAAAUUAGCGACCACGAGUGACGAACACCCAGAGAAAUUUAUUAGUGAAACCGUGAAAAUGCUCGAAGAACGAUUGACAGAACGUGAGGUUGCGUUCAAAGAAUUAGAGGAAAAAUUAAAACAAGCUGACGUGAAUCAAGAAAGGCAAGAACUUUUGAACAAAAUCGAUAACCGAGAUAAACGAAUUAGUGUUCUUGAUGUAAAACUUAAUCUGCUUGAGGGUGAGUUAAAGAAAUUCAAUGGGAAACAAGAUUCAACUUCUGAAAGUUCAACUGCAAACAGUGAUCUUGAAUCGAAAUUAACGGAUUUACAAUCAUCAUAUCAAAAAGCUCUUGCUGAUUUGAACCUUGAGCGAGAAAAGAAUGAAGCCAAUAUUAAUGAAGUCAAAGAACUACAGAAAACCCUCAAAGAAGUCAAAUCAAAUGGCACAAGUGAACAAUAUCUAUCAACAAUCAAAUCUCUUGAAGCCAAACUUCGAAAGACAGAAACCGAACUUGACGAUACGAAGUCGAAAUAUGAGAAUAGCGUCUUACGAAUUCAAGAAUUACAAUUGUCGCAUGAUAAUAAUUCGGAAUUUUCAUCAACACCCAUGACUCCGAUGACACCCGCCACGCCACAAAAUGAAUAUUACUUUAAAGAACCUUCCAACGCUAAUGUUUUAUCAAAGUUUAGUAUACAUCGAAAAGCGAAAUCUUUAUCAAUUGACCUUAAAGGUUCAGAAAGGCGUGACCUCGCCCAUACUGCAAUUGUUGAGAAGCUCCAAUUUGAAUUAAAAUUAUUCGAAUCUUUCCAUAAGGAUAAGCAACAAAGUUUGGACGCGGUUAGGCAUGAAUUGGAUCUUCUAGAAAUAGAUUAUCAAGAAACUUUACAAUUGGUGGAUGAGCUCCGAGAGGAACUUCAAAGACGUGAUGAUAAGGAUAAGUCGAUAUCAGAAGUCGAAACAACGGAUGAAAUAAAUCAACAACUCCAAAAGGAGGUUGAACAACUUACAAAGAAACAAAAUCAACUUUUACAAAACAUCGCAGAACGUGAAAUUGAAAAUAAUAAAAAGGUUGAAGAGAUUGAAAGAUUAGAAUCAAAUAUUCGUGAUCUUCGUAGCCAAAUGGCUGUAGCAACCCCUGUUAAAGAAAAUGAAGAAGCAAUAAUACUGCGCGAACGCGUGGCUAAACUUCAAGCGGAAGUCGUUUCCAACGCGGAUCAUGUAAAUAUAAUCAAACGACUUGAAAGUGAGCUUCGAGAGGUUAAAGAGGCGCAUAAACUCGUCAUUCAAGAGAAAAAUAAACUUACUGCAACAUCAACAGAUGCAAGUGAUGAAACCUCAUCUGAUAAGCUUGAACAAAACGUUGACGAAAAUGUAAUGGUAUUACAAGAUACCGUGAGACAUCUCGAGGCUCAAUUAAAGAUGAAAGACAAAGGAUCACAACAAACUUCUUCUCCAAAAUCCGUUGAUUCCGUGCAAAAUAAUAUUGAUACUUCUGAUAGCAUUAGUUCGGAUGUUGAUCAGGAUUCAAUAAACACCUUACAAUCUCAGGUUUCAUCACUUAAAUUAGAUAUUAAAAAUAAGGAUGAUCUGAUUGAUACAUUGGAACAAGAGUUGGAAGAUAAAGACUUAUUACAAAAGAACCUCAAAAACAAAGAAACAGAGCUAGCAUCCCUGUCAAAACAAUUAUCGGACUUUAGGAAUAAGGAUGAGGAUAUGCGAAAGAGAAUAAAAGAGCUCGAAUUACAUUUGGAAAGUGCCGAAAGCAUCAAAGAAACUAAUAAGUUGCUGGAAAACGAAUUUGAAAGCGUUAAAAAAGAAUUAAUAGACGUAAAAGAGAAAGAAGCUCAUGCACUUGAGCAAUUAUGUAUAUUAGAAGGUUCGAGUUCAAAAGUGCAACAGGAAUUGGAACGCAUACGUAACCUGGAAGUCGCGCAACAAGAACGAAUCGUAACAUUAGAAGCUCAGUUAUCGGAACAAGGGACACAGUUCGAUAGUGAAUUUACAAAUUUAACAUCAGCAUUGAAGGUUUCGAAAGAAUCAGAAAUUAUGAAUAAACAAACAAUCGCUGAACUCGAAUCCAAAUUAAAUAAGUCCGGAUCUGUAAUUUCAACGCUCCAGUCUGAAAUCGAAGUGUUGAAUUCCAAAGAAAAUGAGACACUUUCUAAACUACGAAAUGAAUUAUCCGACACUAAACUAGAGAUGGAAUCACGAAAUGAAUUAUUGUCAGAACUUGAAAGUCUUUUAAUAUCAACUGAAAAAGAGCGUAAUCAGUACCAUGAACGCGCUGAUGAAUUAUCAAAAUUAAUUGAAGAACAGGAAGAAGAAAAGAUUUCUGAUUUAGAAACUCAACUUGGUGAAGCAAAGAUUUCAGAUGAAAGAUAUGUUGGAAUGAUCAAUGAACUUAAAUCUACAUUGAAGGAAUCUAACACUCAUCUUAUGGAAAAACAUGAAUUAAUAUUCACUAAAGAAAAUCACAUUAAAGAACUGGAAACCACCAUUAAAAAGAUUAAUGAUAAAUUAUCUGAUGCAGAAUUAUCCAAAACUUCUGAAUCUGAACAUGUGAAAUCACUUCGAGACAAGAUUGCAGAGAUCGAAGCUAAGUUGGAGCAAAGUCCAUCACCUGCAGAUUUUGAAUCGGCACAGCAAUAUGCAGCCAAACAAGUUGAACUCGUUAAAGAAUUGGAAAAGAGAAUCGAUGAAAUUAAUGAAACGAACUUAUCAGAGGUUUCUAAGCUAAAUGAGAAUAUUGAUAAAUUAACCGAAGAAUUAAGGGAGACGAGAUCCGCCGAAGAAGCGCAAAAGUCUUUAGUUCAUGAAUUAGAUUCUGAACUGAAAGAAAAAGAAGAAAAGAUGGCGGAAUUAAAAGAAACGCUAAAUAGCACCAAUGCGCUACUCGAGAAAGUCAAAGUUACUGAGAAUAAGCAGGCUGAAUUCAUCCAAAAUUUGGAAUCUCAACUGAAGGAUAUGAAAGAUGCACGUGAUCUUCGGGAGAAAGAAAUAUCGGAACUUAGUCGCACUAACGAAUCACUUAAUGAUCAGUGCAUGAGAUUACAUAAUGAAAUAAAGGACGUACAUAAUGAAUCUGCUAGGCAAAGCGAAGAAAGUCUAAAUAUUUUGGAAGAACUAAACAACCAGCUUGAAAUCGAAAAGAAUGAACACUUAAGUGACAAAGAAAAUCUUGAAAACCAGGUGCAAAAAUUACAGAAAGAAAUUGGAUUAAUGAGCAAUGAAUACUUAAGUGACAAAGAAGCUCUUGAACAACAGGUGCAAAAAUUACAGAAAGAAAUUGAUUUAAUGAUCAAUGGACACUUAAGUGACAAAGAGACUCUUGAACAACAGGUGCAAAAAUUACAGAAAGAAAUUGGUUUAAUGAGCGAUGAAAUAAUAGAGAUUGCUAGAAAAUAUGAAGAUGCGGAAGAACUUUCAGCAGAAUAUAAACAACGAAUAUCAAAUUUAGAAAUCGCUCUUGAAGAGUCCAAGAAAUUAUCAAGUGAUAAAUUAAAAGCCGAUGAAACUCAGAAUACAAGGUCAAUACCAACAUUGGAAACGUCUGAAUUCGGAUCCAAGAUUUCACAGCAGGAUAAUCUUAUUAAAUCGCUUCAAGAAGAGAUUAUCGAACUCAAGCAAAGAACGUCAGAUGAUAAUAUAAUAUACAAACAUGAAGUUGAAAUUAGAGAAUUGAACCAGGAAAUUUCCAAAUUAGAAAAGAUGAAUGAAGAAAAAUCCAAAUUAAUAGACAAUUUAGAAGGAUUAGUAAAAGAUGACGAAGUUGAAAUGAAAGAAUUAAAACAAAAAUUAGAAAAAUUACUACGAGAAAAGGAUGACCUUCUAAACGAAAUCGAAGAUUUGAGAGUUAAAUUAGAAGAAAAGACAGAUCAGCAUGAACAGUUAAUGUCUAUACAAAAAGAAAAAGAAGAGAUUGAAACUAGUUUAGAAAAAGAAAAAUUAGCCAAAAAGAAUGUUGAAGUUGCUUAUGCCAAUCUUGAAAAUCAAUUCGAAGAACUUCAAGGCACAAAGACUCCACAACUGCUUGAAUUACCUGGUGGAAAAUGGGGCGAGUAUCAUUUACAUUUUGAUCACUGGCAGGCAGUAUGGAGGACCCCUGUUAAGUCCCGAGAAGGGGAACAUACUUCCACGACUACGGUGAGCGCGUGCGUCCCGCUCACUUUAUGGCGUUCGUUAGAUCCCGUUGUGAACCAUCGAAACAAGAACGUGGAUAUCGAUAGAUUCUGGAAUGAAGUUGAACGUGAAUCUCUGGAUAUAGACCAUGCAAAAGAAAAAAGUCAACUAAAGUUGGACCAGGUAAAAAUAGCUCGUGCUAUGACAAAGGGGACUGAAGAAGGCGUUGAAAACAUUAUGAAAAAUGUUAAUAAGGAGCUGGAUGAGUCAGUUACAGAUAACGAUAGCAAGCCUUACUCACUAAGAAAGAGACCAAGGGUUGAUUACAAUGAGGAUAGAAUUUAA